ACGAAGCCAGUUGUGCAAUGGAAGGACAUGUUUUUCCCGACCAAGAGCAGCUAUUGCAGUUUCUGAGGAGGCUCAAAGAGGUUUUCGACGUGUGUGACGAGGAUGCUGACGGCUUCAUCCGGGUGGAUCUCGGUCUUCAGUUCGGCCAAGGAGACGAGGUGAAGGCCUUGUCCAGGUACCUGGAUCCUAACGCUGAUGGGAAAAUCAACUUCAAAGACUUUUGUCAUGGUGUGUUUGCUAUCAAAGGUUGUGAGGAGAUACUGAAGAUGGCUGUGGGCCCUCGCAGUGCUACCUCCAACCAGCCAUCUGUUACUGACAAUGGUUACAUUUACCAGGACGGUGAGGCCAGGCUGGGAGCUCCGAUUAUCAUGUGUACUCGGUCCUAUCCAGAGUGCAGAGUGUACAGUGAGGGUUGUGGGGCUGACGGGGAGUGUGACAUGGACAGCAGCACUGAAAACACCAACGGCUCGGACUUUUUGGACCCAACAAGGAAAGACAGCCACCUCACUUGCUCAGCAUCUGCUUCCGUCAUCUCCGGGGAGGAGCAGUUUGAGGACUAUGGUGAAGGGGAAGAUGUGGAUUUCAUUCCCAGCAGUCCCUGCCCUGAGGAUGACAACCGAACAAAUGGCUUCUCAGACCUGGGUUCCUCGCUCCCCUCUAGUGCUGGGCAGACUCCUCAGAAGAUGCGGCAGCUGUAUAACAGUGAACUGCUGGACAUCUACUGUUCUCAGUGCUGCAAGAAAGUGAAUCUACUCAAUGACCUGGAGGCUCGACUUCGAAACCUCAAGGCCAACAGCCCUAACAGAAAGAUUUCCAGCACAGCAUUUGGACGUCAGCUGUUCCAGGCCAACCACAGUGUGUUUGGGUCCAGUCAGGGCAGCAGCACAGAGGAUCUGUUCACAGACAGCAUUGACUCCUGUGACCUCGACAUCACAGAGAAAGUCAGUUAUCUGGAGAAGAAGGUGACAGAGCUGGAAAGUGACAGUCUGGCCAACGGUGACCUCAAGUCUAAACUCAAACAGGAAAACACACAAUUAGUCCACAGGGUCCAUGAGCUGGAGGAGCAGGUGAAGGAUGCAGAGGCGAGGGCAGAUCAGAGUCUGGAGGAGGAGACCAAGAGACAUCGGGAGGUUUACAGCAAGAUGGACAGAGACAGAAACAUAGAGAUCGACCUGCUCUGUAACAGAUUACAGCUGUUGGAAGAAGAAAAUGGAGAGAUGAAGUUAAAUGUGUGCAGACUCAAGUCUCAGACAGAGAAACUGGACCAGGAGAAGCAGAGGAUGACAGACAAGCUGGAGGACACUAGUCUGAGGCUGAAAGAUGAGAUAGACCUGUACAGGAAGAUAAUGGACAAGCUCUGGCAUAACCGGCAUGAGUUUCAGAAGGAAAAAGAGGCCAUGCAGGAGCUGAUUGAUGAUCUGCGCCGAGAGCUGGAGUAUCUGCAGCUGUUUAAGCUGGAGAUGGAACAUCCUGGGAAGGGGAAGGGGCUAUCAGAGUAUAACGCCAAGACCAGGGAGAAUGAAAUGGAACAUGAAGUCAAGAGACUGAAACAGGAGAAUCAUAAGCUGCGGGAUCAGAACGAUGAUCUGAAUGCUCAGAUUCUCAGUCUGAGUUUGUAUGAGGCUAAGAACCUGUUUUCCUGUCAUACCAAGGCCCAGUGCCUGGCAGCCGAGAUUGACAACGCAUCCAGAGACGAGCUGGUAGAUGCCUUGAAGGAGCAGGAGGAGAUCAAUCUGCGUCUGAGACAGUACAUGGACAAAAUCAUUCUGGCCAUCCUCGACCAUAACCCCUCUAUUCUGGAGAUCAAGAGUUAAACCGCACACCACCACCUCACCCCCUCCCCCAACACACACACACACACACACACACACACACACACACACACACACACACACACAGUGAUAAAGCAUCAGAAUAGAGUGAGUGAGGUUUAGAUCAGUGAGAUCAAAUUACAAACUGCAUCCUUGGAUUACAUGCUGUGUCAAGGAAGUCAGUUUGAACUGAGCGCAGGGAUGGUGAACCCCACCACCAACAAUUAAAAUGAUUUUUGUAGAGAGGUAAAUACAGAAUGUAAAUACAUUCACUGGCUAUUGCUGAAAAAAUUCUGACCUUAAAUAGUAUGAAAAACAGGGUUUUAUUGAUAUGCGCGCACACACACACACACACACGCAGUCCUGUCCACUAGCACUAUUUAUGAAGAAAUCUGUCACUACAGACGUACAUGUGCCACCAAUCUUUUGUCAUUGUAUCUUUGAAGUCAAGUGACUGGGAAAGACUUGGGAAUGAACGAAAAAGCAGUUUGAUGGUCACUUUCUGUCUUGAAGACACAGUAACAAUUGUUUAAUGCAGAGCUCUGCCAUUAUUUGUUACAAAUGGGCGAUCAGUCACUGGGGAUCCAGACUGAAACAGAAGCCAGUUAUAAGGAGUGCAGGACAUAAAACAUACCAGUGUUUUGCAUGUUUACUACAACCCAUUUGCCAAAGCAGUCAUAGAAUUUUUGAAUGUCUUGUUGCCAUCUUCCAGGCAGCUGUUAGUUUCUUUUAUUUCAUGGUGGUAUGAAAAUCAGUUUGUAGACUUAACAAUCACUUGAGUAUGGUGCUCAUGUGAACAUCAUGUUUGUCAUAAUCAUGAUAUUGUUUAGCAAUGCUGAGUAGAUUUUUCAAACCACUCUGCCAUUACACACAGUGAGACAGUUACCCUGACUUUGUCCAAAGUUCAGCAAGACUAGGUCAGAACCUAGUAAAUGGCUGAAGUGUGUAUGGUCCACAUAAUAUGCUAAUCAGCUUUUGCACUCUGCCUGGUGUCAACUGGUUUCAGCCCUUUAUCUGUUUGCUUCUCUCCUACACUGAUCAGCCAUAACAAUGUGACCACUGACAGGUGAAGAGAAUAACAUUGAUUAUUUGGUUAUAAUACAAUAUUCUCCUGAGAAACCUUGGGUUGUAGCGUUUAUCUCGAUGUUACUUUGACACGUACCACCAACUAAAUAUUGUUGCAGACCAAGCCCCCCCCCCCCCCUCCAUGGCAAAUGCACUCCCCAAUGGCAGGUGCCUCCUCCAGCAGUACAAUGCUUCAACCACAGGAGGUACAUGUCAAAUUACCAUCUAGAUGAAAACCAGAAGUCAGCAGAACAUUUUAUUGUAACGAGAUGAUCAAUAUUAUUCACUUCACCUGUCAAUGGUUUUAAUGUUAUGGCUGAUCAGUGUACAGUAUUUUAAUACAGCUCUAUUCCCAAUAAAACUGUUCUCAUUUACACAACCACUAUGAAAUUGAGAGUGAAAUGAGGCCCAUAAAAACUACAUGUUAACCAGCUGUCACUUCCAAGCUGCUGCUCUCCUCUGCUAAAAUCUUUAUUUUAUAACUCUGAUGCUGUCUGACAAAUUUUUAGUGACUUGUGUAAAUCAUCCAGAUCUGAAGAGUUUUUCUUCUUAUUUCUGUCGCAGUCACGUUGAACAAAACAUUCUACUCAUCUCUCAGUACCUGUUGCUGACACAGCAGCUAACGCUCUGAUGUUUGUGAACACAGGAUUCUCUCCCUGCCCUGCACGGCUCAUUUCAGCUCUGGGACUACUCUUUUAACAUUACUAAUAUUAACACUAGAUGAUUAAGUUAUAAGUUGAGCCCCGCAGCUGAAGUGCUAACUUAACUUUAACGUCCGAUGGUUCCAUGGUGGUUCUUUUUUUCAAGCUAAGAGAACGUUAUCCAGGCUAAGACUGUCAUAACCAUGACGGAACUGAACAGUUUGCCUUUGGAUUUGACUGAAAAGCUGAAACAAUUUAAAGUUUUAGGGGAGCUAUAUUUUUGAGCUGUUUCUUGAUGAACAGCAGUUUAUCCUUCCAUCCAGUGUUUCUGAGCAGCAUCUCCGGCUAUAGCACAGUAGAUAGUGAACUAUGUCCUUAAACAGACAGAAAAUUUAUGAAAUAGUCAAAUGUCGUGUGAAGUAUUUGUAUAUAUCUAGAAAAUGCAUACAGCACCUUUUAGAGGACUUACUCUCAAGUUCACUGUAUUUAGCUGUGAUCAACUUAUUGUGUCUCUAACCCUUUAAUUUGGCUGUCUCAACACAAAUGAAUGUCUACAUGAUUAAUAUAUGCUGUGUGCCACAACGUAUCAAUUUUCAGUAGUAUUCAAAAUGUUAAAGUCAGUAACUGUCAUUUAAGCCAGGGAGGGACAGUUCAGUGUGGCCUUUAAGCAGAAUAGGUUUUCUGAACUCAACUCAUAAUAAAGGUGCCAAUAGCCAAUAUUAUGUGCCAAAUGUGUUGGAUGGCUCACUUAUAUUUCUCAUACAAAUGCAACAAAUGUGGAUGUUUGACUAUGAAAUGAUCAACAACUGGAGCUGGAGAGAAGGAAACAAUGAGUCUCAGUUUGUAUCACAUAUGCCCAUAAACACAUUCACAAUUCAGAUCCUGACGGUUUCACACUGUUGUGCCAGCUGAUGGUUGGUGGCAGUAAUGUGCCAACAAACACGGAACAAAGGCAGUGAAGAAGAGUUCGUCCAGCAAGCAAACACGGAUGUUAACGAGAAAUGUUUUUGCAGAUGUUUUAUGGCCAAGGAAAUGCAUUCAACAUGUUUAUUAGACCUCAGAUAUACACACUGUGUGUUUUAGUGAGAAACACUGAAUGUAAAUCUAACUUUUUGUGUUGAAAAUCUCCACAGGGUGUUCUUAAAUCAAGCUGUUCAUUCACUGUUUCUUAGCCUAUUAAAACACUAAAAUGUGAGAAAUCAGAUUUUACUGAUGGUAAUUAGAAUAAUUUCCAAAUAGUUUUUAGAAAAAUAGAAAUAUGUAUUACAGAAAAGAAUCACCUGCUUACUCUAAGUAAUCUACUGACUUAAAAGAGAGAAACUCAGUUUAUUCCUCUGCAUCAAUAGCCUCUUUAAUCAAAGAUACUGCUAUAUUGCCAUUAAAAAGACGCAUUAUGAAGCGUUAUGCUGACUUUGCUCAUUUACGCUGAACCAAACAACUCUGGCACCCCUGUGUAAUUUUGAUGGUGGCAUGAUGUGUAUCAUAACAGCAUCGAUGUCUGCUCUCCUUUUUACACAGACAUCGAUCCAGCUCUGUGACCACCUCCACUGCCAGCUUAGUGCCAGAAAACCGCGCCCCCCAUUCUGUGUUCCUACCUUUUAUACAAAAUGGCGAAGUGAAAUGAAGGUGCACUGUUCCUUUCUUGAACAGGCUGUAUAAAAAGAAGUGGCCUCUGUAAACUGGCCUAAACCUGAGUGAAUUUUAUUCCACCAGUGUAGUAAAUAAGUCUCACUUCAACUGAAUUAACUAACCCUAACCUAUAUAUUUAACUUCAACAUUUUUUCACCCUUGUUGUGACCUACAUCAGCUAGCCAAACACAACAAAAAAUGUGUCACAGUGAGGAGAGCAGUGUUGAGCUGUGUUAUAUUGAGCACUAUAUGAUGUAACAAUGAAACUAGUUCUGCUCUACUGCACCAACUGUUCACUGAGUUAUUUUUUUCAUAUUUUAUUUGCUAGCUCUUUUACAGAUUUUGUGCAUUUGCAUACAAAGUAUGAACAAAUAUUAUUUAAGGAUUUUGCCCAUUGUUGUCACUGUAAGUGAGCUUUUUUUAUAUUUACAUUUUUAUUUUGACACAGUAUUUGUGAUGUCAUGCAUUGUAAAUGUACAGAAUCCAGUUAUUAUUUAUGUGCAAGUCAUUCUGCUUAUCACAAAAUCUCUUUGAGAGAUUUGACACAAAAUAACAAACUAUGUGUUGUAGAUUAUUAUAAUCACAUAGCACACUGAAAGUGUCAUAUUCAAAGUAUUUACCAGGAAUAAUGUUAAACAUGGUGAAACAAUAAUAGUCUGUCACAAUUUACGUGUUCUUAGAUUUCUUUUACUUGUGUACUGCACAUGGAGCUAUGGGUGACAAUGUUGUACAAACUAGAUGUGUAAAUAAAAUUCAUUUGCUUUGGCAUGAUAAA